UUGCAGGAAUUGCCUGAUGUUCCCCUAUUUUUGAGUCUGCACAACCUCUGUGCGACCCUCAAAUGUACUUCUCCAUCAGCAAUUAUUUUCCGUUCUGCAGUGAUCAAUGCAGGCUAUCGUAUAUCUGGAACUCAUGUUAAUCCAUUGGGGCUCAAAUCAGAUGCACCCAUGGAUGUUAUUUGGGAUAUUAUGCGUUGCUGGGUAAAAAAUCAUCCAGUGAAGCCUCAGCCAGCAGAUCAAUCAGGAAGCAUCAUACUUUCAAAGGAACCAGUUCUACAGGCCAAUUUUUCUCGUGCUGUAGCAUCUCUCAGCAAGGCUCAAGCUAAGAAAGUUGCACGCUUUCUUCCAAAUCCUGAAAGACACUGGGGUCCAAAACUGAGGGCAGGUCGUACAAUUACUAGCAAGCAUGUCUCUCUUUUGGGUCCUGAAGCUAUCAAUGGAGCUCUCAAUCAGGAAGACGAAGAAGAACCGAAAAAGGUAAACGAGUAAAAGUAGAUAAUGUGCCUUGUUUCUCAAUUAACAAGUAUGCAAAAUGCUGAGGGGAGAUUAAGGCACCAUGCAUCAAAUUAGAUGUUAGAAUUUGUCAUUUAUUUUUGUCUUUUUGGGAUUAUUAUGGAAAUUGUACUGUGUGGAUUAUUUUUUCCUAGUGACUGUAUUUGUUGUUUCUUAUAGUAGUUGAAGUUUCAAACAUUGAGCGAAAAAGAAAAAUAAAAGGAAAUUGAAAUAUUGCCUUUCA